AUGGCUUUGUCUUGGAACUUGACCAUGGAGGAGCUUGGGCUUGAGAUCUCAGACUGCUUCCCUUUGGACUGUCAUAUGGCCCAGAUCCUGUUGCCUGCUUCUGCACUCCUGCAAUCCAGACCUGUUUGGCCCAGAUCAGCUCACCUGGUCCCGACCCGCUCAGCCCCAGCAACUCUGGCCUCUGAGCAGAUCGCUCAUCACCCCAGGCACAGGACUCACUUCCACCAACUGUUUGAAUUACUGUUGCUGGUGAUGCUGGGACUUAUUUUCCUUGGAAAUGUGGGAGCUUUGAAAAUUACAAAAAGAGGAGCAAGUUCCCAGAAUGGUGAUAAUUGUCCGCCAAUGGAGAACAACAGUGUGAAGGUUGACAUCCGAUACAUCAACCAACAUAAGGUCAUUCACUCUGCACGUGCCUUCCAGAAUCGCUCCAUCUCUCCCUGGGAUUACAACAUCACCAAAGACCCGGACAGAUUCCCUUCAGAAAUUGCAGAGGCCAGCUGCCGGUACUCCACAUGCAUCAAUGCUGAGGGACAAGAAGACAAUAGCAAGAAUUCUGUUCCCAUUCAGCAGGAGAUCUUGGUCCUCCGGAGAGAGCCAGCACAGAGCUGCUCUCAUUCCUUCCGAUUAGAGAAGAUAUUGGUGACAGUGGGCUGUACCUGCGUCACCCCCAUGACCCGCUCUAUGGCUUGAGAUCUGACCCUCUCUUUUUUGGGGAGGCCAAAAGCUCACAUCUCUCCCAAAUAGCAGUCAUUCUGCCACAUCACUUUUAGGUUUUUCCAUACCCAAAUUAACUCCAGUCCUUGAGAUGUUCAAUCUGACCUGGACACAACUCUGAAAACUCUCUUCUAUCAAGGAGAACACCACUUUGGGGCUCCCCAGGAAACAUAACUUGAUACUGAAAUAAUCUAAUAUUAUAUUGAAGUUUAUCCAGGAUACCAUAUUGUUAAGUGCUAGGUAUUACUUUGAAAAUGAGUGAAGGAUUUUUCUGAAAAGCUCCGUUAGUCUUUUUUUUUUCUGGAAGCUAGUUUCUAUCAUGUUGUAAUCCAUUCCCAUCCCUGUUCCUUUGGCUUUAUUUAUAAUGUUACAAUGUGCCCCUAUUUUCUCAUCUUUUUCAGUAAGGAUAAAGCCCCCAAAUUCAACAAAUGGGCAAGAGAAAGUAGAAGGCAUAUCAUUUAAUUUUAAAUGUGUUUAUGGCUGUUCUGAACUGUUGUAUAUUUAUAUCUGUUUUUAAAGAAACUGUUCACCUAUUUAUGAUUCAAAGCUUAUAAAUAUAAAUAUAUAUAUAUUUCAGUAGUAAAAAUACUAUGAGAUCAA